AUGCAUCUGACGACAAUCGAUGGCGACGAAGAUCUUCGCAUUCACAAUAUCUCAAUUCUUCCAUCCGAUCAGUGUGCCACCGAGGAUCAGAGAGCAGCGAAAUGUUGUUGUGGAGACGGGUUUUUCUUUGAUUUUCCAAGGAAAAAGUGUGAGGUGUCGGCUAAUGUUGGAUUUAUGUUUGGUCGUUUGAAUAAUGGCUGGUCCCAUAUGGCAGUUUACGGUUUCGCUUAUCCAAUGAUUCUUCUGAUGCUCGUUGCUCCAUUGUGUGCUGUUAUGCUGGGAAUGGGAAAACGAGAAAAACGAGAAGGUGAUCGAAGAUUUCCAAACCCAUUAUAUCAAAUGAUCUGGCUUCUAACAUUCUGUGGAUGGCUCAGUGUCCUCUCACCCCUUCCAUUCACUGUAUGGUAUUAUUUUGUAGGCGAAGGAACAAGAUCUCUAAAUCAAUCAAUAGUAAUGUGUCAUCUAUUUCGAACUUCAAUGGAAACGAUUCCACAUAUGACUGAUACUAUGAUGACUCUUUUCUCAGUCCUUCUUGCGGCAGCAAGAUUCCUAACCCAAUACCACAGAAAUACUCUUAAACUUCGAACGGUCGAAAGAUUUUCUCGAGCCAUUUGGGUCAUCAUAUUCGUUUGCGUGGCUCUUGCUAUUCUGAGGUUCUUUGAACAUGAUACAAAAGUAUAUCAGUUUUGUAUGGGUAGAUACGGAGCCAACUCCUCAAUGGGCCGGUCGUUGCAUGGUACGAGAUGGAGCACUCAUAAAUAUUGUGAAUCGGUCUUUUUGGAAGGUUAG